AUGGACCGCGUGCUCAAGAUCCACCACUACUUGGAGAGCAACAGUGAACCGUCCACCUGGGCCAGCCACAUCCGCCAUGGAGAUGCCACUGACGUCAGGGUGAGCUGAGCAGCUGAUUGGGUUAAACGCGGUUUACCACAGUUACAACAACUAUGCUUUUUUAAGUUAGUCUCCCUAUCAUCCGUACAGUAGGCCGGAGGCCAGCGUUCAUGAAAGAAUUUGGGUUCCGAGAUCUGGCUACGGCGUCUCGAAAUGGACAAACAGUACUAUUGCUGCUUUUUUCUAGUUUUUCAAGCGAAGGUCUUUUAAGGGAGUGUGCAGCACAACUCGUUUAGAUGGAAACAGAAAAGUCAGAGCCUUUUGGGUAAAACACUGGGGUAAGUCCUGUAUGGAAAUGUGCCAUAUACAGUGAGGGGAAAAAAGUAUUUGAUCCCCUGCUGAUUUUGUACAUUUGCCCACUGACAAAGAAAUGAUCAGUCUAUAAUUUUAAUGGUAGGUUUAUUUGAACAGUGAGAGACAGAAUAACAACAAAAAAAUCCAGAAAAACGCAUGUCAAAAAUGUUAUAAAUUGAUUAGCAUUUUAAUGAGGGAAAUAAGUAUUUGACCCCCUCUCAAUCAGAAAGAUUUCUGUCUCCCAGUUGUUUUUUAUACAGGUAACGAGCUGAGAUUAGGAGCACACUCUUAAAGGGUGUGCUCCUAAUCUCAGCUUGUUACCUGUAUAAAAGACAUCUGUCCACAGAAGCAAUCAAUCAAUCAGAUUCCAAACUCUCCACCAUGGCCAAGACCAAAGAGCUCUCCAAGGAUGUCAAGGACAAGAUUGUAGACCUACACAAGGCUGGAAUGGGCUACAAGACCAUUGCCAAGCAGCUUGGUGAGAAGGUGACAACAGUUGGAAUGAAACACAAAAGAACUGUCAAUCUCCCUCGGCCUGGGGCUCCAUGCAAGAUCUCACCUCGUGGCGUUGCAAUGAUCAUGAGAACGUUGAGGAAUCAGCCCAUAACUACACGGGAGGAUCUUGUCAAUGAUCUCAAGGCAGCUGGGACCAUAGUCACCAAGAAAACAAUUGGUAACACACUACGCCGUGAAGGACUGAAAUCCUGCAGCGCCCGCAAGGUCCCCCUGCUCAAGAAAGCACAUAUACAGGCCCAUCUGAAGUUUGCCAAUGAACAUCUGAAUGAUUCAGAGGAGAACUGGGUGAAAGGUGUUGUGGUCAGAUGAGACCAAAAUGGAGCUCUUUGGCAUCAACUCAAUUCGCCGUGUUUGGAGGAGGAGGAAUGCUGACUAUGACCCCAAGAACACCAUCCCCACCGUCAAACUUGGAGGUGGAAACAUUAUGCUUUGGGGGUGUUUUUCUGCUAAGGUGACAGGACAACUUCACCGCAUCAAAGGGACGAUGGACGGCGCCAUGUACCGUCAAAUCUUGGGUGAGAACCUCCUUCCCUCAGCCAGGGCAUUGAAAAUGGGUCGUGGAUGGGUAUUCCAGCAUGACAAUGACACAAAACACACGGCCAAGGCAACAAAGGAGUGGCUCAAGAAGAAGCACAUUAAGGUCCUAGAGUGGCCUAGCCAGUCUCCAGACCUUAAUCCCAUAGAAAAUCUGUGGAGCUGAAGGUUCGAGUUGCCAAACGUCAGGCUCGAAACCUUAAUGACUUGGAGAAGAUCUGCAAAGAGGAGUGGGACAAAAUCCCUCCUGAGAUGUGUGCAAACCUGGUGGCCAACUACAAGAAAUGUCUGACCUCUGUGAUUGCCAACAAGGGUUUUGCCACCAAGUACUAAAUCAUGUUUUGCAGAGGGGUCAAAUACUUAUUUCCCUCAUUAAAAUGCAAAUCAAUUUAUAACAUUUUUGACAUGCGUUUUUCUGGAUUUUUUUGUUGAUAUUCUGUCUCUCAUUGCUCAAAUAAGCCUACCUAUAGACUGAUCAUGUCUUUGUCAGUGGGCAAACGUACAAAAUCAGCAGGGGAUCAAAUACUAUUUUCCCUCACUGUAUAAGCAAUAGGGUGUAAUUUGGGACUCGGGCAUCUCACUGUAGAACUCCCCCUAUCACCUGGGUGAUGUUCAGUAGGGCACAUUGCAGCUACAAUGUUUUGCAACAGAAAACUAAAACAAGUUUUUCUUAUUAGACAGAUUCAGUUAGUAACUCGGCUACCUCACCAUUUUAAAGUGUUUCAAAACGUUUCCUCCCUACUGGCCACAACCCGGGUAUUUAUGAGGUUCCCUGUUGACAUUUCUACACAUAGCGUCUUCCAUCCCCAUUAGGUUUAAUAAUGACCUCUAUUCAGAUGAAACAAGACUGUAAGAGAGUUUAGGAGGUGAAAAGAAUAGCUAGUUAAGUAGGUGAUUGAACAAGUGGACUGUUUCUUUGCUACCACAUCUCUUCUGUUAGGCGUUUGGCUCUGUAGUCAAGUGACAAAGAGCUUCAAUUCAAAGUAGACUACGUCUAAUUUAUGGUUCAAUGGCCUCUAACUUCAAUACCUGAAGUAGUGAUGUCAGACGACGUUGAGGGAUGUAAUGGAACAUGUCAUCCCUGAGAGAGAUGGAGGGAGGUCUUCUCGUUAAUCAUUUUAACCAAGAGGUGGAGUCACUUCUCAGAUUGUGUCAUAAACCCCACAGUGGCAUUUCAAUGAUGGAUUAUUUAACCCCUCCACCCCGCGCCAUUUCCCUUGCUUCUGCACAUAAUGACAAUCUCUUCCUGGAAGCCUCAGAGAGAAAGGAUCUAUCAUUCAGGGUGACUCUGCCAAACUGUUCUUUCUAUUAUAUCUACUGUCAUAGAUAGAUGGUCCCCUGGAGUCCUCAUGUCACCCCUGGACUACAGGGAUGGAUGGAUGGUUCCCCUGGAGUCCUCAUGUCACCCCUGGACUACAGGGAUGGAUGGAUAGAUGGUCCCCUGGAGUCCUCAUGUCACCCCUGGACUACAGGGAUGGAUGGAUAGAUGGUCCCCUGGAGUACUCAUGUCACCCCUGGACUACAGGGAUGGAUGGAUAGAUGGUCCCCUGGAGUACUCAUGUCACCCCUGGACUACAGGGAUGGAUGGAUAGAUGGUCCCCUGGAGUCCUCAUGUCACCCCUGGACUACAGGGAUGGAUGGAUAGAUGGUCCCCUGGAGUCCUCAUGUCACCCCUGGACUACAGGGAUGGAUGGAUAGAUGGUCCCCUGGAGUCCUCAUGUCACCCCUGGACUACAGGGAUGGAUGGGCCAAGGAAGGCCCUCCCCACUGCUGUCUGUCACUCUAGCAAUAUGUCACUAUGACUGCUAUUCAUUUAUCUAUAUCUCCUGCCCUCUGAAUCACAAAUUACAAUAUGUAGGACAAUUCAUUACUGUCAAUUACUGUCGAUUGAAUCUCAUCUCUGAGUGAUUCCUCCUCUAACCUCAGUGUGUAUACUGUCUACACGUCUGUCCAUGGACAUUGACUGAGAUUCAUUUCAGAGUGACUCAAUAGCCUAAGUGUGUGUCUACACGUGUGUCCCCUGACAGGGUAUCAUCCAGAAGAUAGCAGACAUCCACAAGGUGAAGUGUGUGUCCUGUCUGGGCCUGCGUCUCAGCCACCUGCGCUCAGGUGACAUCCACUGGCUGCACCCCGACAUGGGGGUGUCCCACGUCAGGGAGAGGUAUGAGCUGCACCACCCUCAGGAAGAGUGGAGGUAAGAACUAGAACAGAGACAUAUUCACAUACUGUAUAAAGCCAUAUUUACACUGCUGAUCCGUCCCUGGUCCCAGUUCUGUUUGUGCUGUUUGACCAACUCCUAUGGUCAUUGUUGCGUUGCCAAGGCAGCACAAACUGAUCUGGGAGCAGGCUACAUAGAGACUUUGAAACACUUUAUAAAGCCGUAUUUACGCUGCUGUUUCACCUUAAAAGCCUUGGCACUGCCACCUUUAUGCAUAUUGGUUCCAUGUAAUUCUGCUUUAAUAUAAAUAUUCAAACACUUCCUAUGAAUACCAUCGUCAUAAUGCACUAUAAGCGCACGUAUAAAACCUUUACAUAACUUUAAUUCAUAACUCAAUUAUAUGAGUAAGACAUCCUUCCUACAGCCUUGCCACUUGAAACGCUUGAACGUGCUUGAAUUGUCUUUAACUAGUACUCACUAGCUAAAAUGGAAGAUUUCCUCUGCCUGUUUUUGGGAAGAGAAAAAAUUGGAACAAAUUUGGUUGUUUUAAUGGAUUCAGUCCAGUGGCAAAGCCAAGGGGCUAAAGUAUGUCAUGGAACGAAGAGACCUUGUUACUAUGGAGAUGUGUGCAAUCAAUGUCAUUGUAAGGCGCUUGGUUAUUUGAUGAAUGCAGUACGGGGGUGAAAUCAGGAUUUUGUGUGCCUUGUAUUUUCAAAUGUAAACCCACGGAUGGAGGAAUUGGGAACCGAAAACGAAUUGUUGCUAUCCAGUUAGUUUGGCCGAGUGGCCUUGAAUAUCCUUCCAAUCUGCCUGCAUAAAUCAUGCUUCCUCAGAAGCAGACUGAAAACCCUCCAUAUGGCGCUCCAAUGUAAUUAGGCCUUUAUAGUCUAAGAUACAUGUUUCCUCCUGUCUCAUCACAGUUAUUGGAAGGGAAAUUAGACAUACAAUGAGAGAUUCGCUGCCAAAGUCAACUGAUAAAGUGUUGAGGAGGAUAGUUCAGUCCUCUCUAAUUACUAUCUGUUGAUGUGACUUCAGUGUUUGAUGUUGGAGCCUAAUGCUGAUAUAUUCCCUUCUACUCAUGACUGAGUGGAAGAUAUGGAGAUAGAAAUGCCAUAUCAGAGAUAGCAGAGCAAUGUCUAGACAUAACCUUUUAUUUGGGUGAUAUUUCAGACACUACUCCCCCUCACUGCUUCCUUCAUGGCCAGACAGAGCAGUGUGUUGACAUGUUUGGGAGUUAAAGGACGUACUUAGAACUUUAUCCAGCCUUCCUCUAACAGAUACUACUGUUCUCUGGAGCAGGUUGCUUCUCAGUCACAUUAUUAUAACUUACUGUGUGUGCUUGUGUGUAUAUGUAUGCGUGGGUGUGUGUGUGCUUGUGUGCGUGUCUCUUCAAUUCUGAAAUGCGUCCAGCUGGAAGAAUACAUUUGAAUAAUGUAGCAGGCCUAGUUAGAUAUCUCAAUGUUCCCAAAGAAUACAAACAUGACAGCAGGCGUUUCAUGAUUCAGUUAAAACCCUGGCCAACCUGGCCUUCUCUGAAUUAUAUAUGAAUCCAAUCUGUGAUGGUCACAAAUCAAGAUGGAAUGUAAAUGUUCGAAGUGAAUGUUCUAAGAAUACUCAAUGAUUCAAGACGUUCUACCUCUCAGAACAACCUGUUCUGUUCCUAAGCAGCAUUGUAUUUGCAUUGGACGGUAGGACCCACCAUUGAACACAGUGAGAUGAUGCAUGCAUUAUACUGUAGACGACAACCACCACAGCAAAGCUCAUUCUGUCUGUCCCCACCUCCUCUCAGUCAGGCAUCAGUGCAGAAGUAAUGGAGCUAAAUAAUACAGAGGAUAUGAAUUGAUUGUGUGCUAUUGUUAGUGCCUCUGUUGAUGUUAGCUCAUGGGAUUCUCAGUGACUGUGCUGCUCAUUCAUUAUUGAAAUGGUCUCUUUAUUCAUUUAUUGUCAGCCUUAAUUCCUUCUGGCGAUAAAAUAAGCCCUGUAGCGUCAGUAGUAGCAAAAAUAAAACACCAUUCAGAUGCUGUAGUUCUUGAACACAGGAAGUAGACCGAUUGCAGUGUCCAUUUGUUAUAUUUCUGUUGUUUAGAGCAUUUCAAUGUCUGCAUCCAAAUGGCACCAUAUUUCCUUUAUGGUGUCCAUAGUGGCUGUACAAGACCGUUGAAAGAAAGAAUGAAUAAUAGAUGGAUAUCUGUGGGGGUGGGGGGUGGGGGGGGGGGUUGGGUUGACCUCGUCUCAAUGCUUUCAUGCCAUGGAGCGUAUUUACUUGAUUGUCCUCGAAGGGAAACUUGUCUUGGACAUUGGAUCUCACAGUCCUAUCAAUAGCAUGUUCAUCGAAGAAACAUUCUAGAACACUGGUUCAAUGGAAGUGUUGACAGACCAGCAGACACUAAAAUACUCAUUCAAUACCCACGACACUGUCCUCAAGCCAUUCAUACAGACAUCAAAUGAAUGACUUGCCUUUUACACAUAUAAUUACAAUGUACUGGGUCAUGUACAUUCCACUUGCUGCUGUCCUAUUAUCUCUCUCUAGUGUAGAUCACAGCAGAGUAUAGAACACCAGAACUACAUUCAAAGACCAUCUGAUCUGAUACGACAGAGCCGGGAAAUGUUUUCUCUACGUCAAAGAGUUUGUAAUUAGAAAGAACAGGCUUGGCACAGAGUUUGAACCAAGCAGCUAUUUCAAGCUGUUCAGUAGUUUAUUUCACCUUGUAGGUUGAACAGAAAGCUGUGGCUGGAUGUUAUAGUUAUUCCUGGAAUGAUCAUGGAGGUCUCUCCCUUUCAAAAAUGAUGAUGUCUCGAUGAUGCCUGUUCCCUGUAUAGUGCUCUACUUUUGACCAGGGCCCAUAAAGUUCUUGUCAAACGUAGUGCACUAUGUACAGUAGAUAUUAGGGUGCCAUUUGGGACGCACCCUCAGUCUCACUAAUCUCUUUGAUCAGCUCCAUAUGAAGGGAUCCUCUGGGAAAGUACAGAAUAAUGAUAAGGUGCUGACUUGUACCGUACAGCCUACACAUUCACAGCACUGUUUAAUCAAGACACAGAGGUUGUUGUGAAUGUAUUCCCUUGGAACCUUGUUUCUGAGUUGUCCUUCAUCCUCGUUAGCACCAAGCUAACCAUAUGGCAUUUCUUUCUCCGCAGGUAUGAGCUACGAAUACGCUACUUGCCAAAAGGAUUCUUGAACCAUUUUUCAGAAGACAAACCUACACUGAACUACUUCUACCAUCAGGUGAGGAUAGAAACCAUAUUCUGAUUGAGUUAGGACCAUCAGGUAUGGAUAGAAACCAUAUUCAGAUUGAGUUAGGACCAUCAGGUAUGGACAGAAACCAUAUUCAGAUUGAGUUAGGACCAUCAGGUGAGGACAGAAACCAUAUUCAGAUUGAGUUAGGACCAUCAGGUAGAGAAGAAACCAUAUUCAGAUUGAGUUAGGACCAUCAGGUGAGGAUAGAAACCAUAUUCAGAUUGAGUUAGGACCAUCAGGUGAGGACAGAAACCAUAUUCAGAUUGAGUUAGGACCAUCAGGUGAGGACAGAAACCAUAUUCAGAUUGAGUUAGGACCAUCAGGUGAGGACAGAAACCAUAUUCAGAUUGAGUUAGGACCAUCAGGUGAGAACAGAAACCAUGUAGUGUUCUUCUCUCUCUGUUUAUCAGAGAAAUACAGUAUUGUAUGGUAGAGGAUGUCAGUGUGAGACGCAACGUCAGAUCACUAUACUGUAAAUGGCUGCAGGCUGUUUAGAGGGAAGAUAAAUGGGUGUUUCCAUCUGAGGAGACCAGGGGUCUAGAGAGAGAGACUGACUGACAGCAGACUGACUGACAGCAGACUCACUGACAGCACUGAGCUUAGUUUCACCAGCAGCUGAAAAGUACAUUCAUAUUGUAUCACACAGCAAGCAUGUUAGCAUUGUUUGUAGGUGGGCACUAGGCAUCUAGCAUUGUAAACCAGUCUGACUGCUGUGCUCACCAUAGUUUCACUUAACAAUGGUGAAGCGCAGCAGUCAGCCUGUUUGACCAGGCUACCAGGCAUCACCGCCAGGUGAACCACAGAGGCUACCCUGUGUUUGAAUUAGUAUGUAUGGCUAGAGACAGCAUGUAUGGCUAGAGACAGCAUGUAUGGCUAGAGACAGCAUGUAUGGCUAGAGUCAGUAUGUAUGGCUAGAGUCAGUAUGUAUGGCUAGAGACAGCAUGUAUGGCUAGAGACAGCAUGUAUGGCUAGAGACAGCAUGUAUGGCUAGAGUCAGCAUGUAUGGCUAGAGUCAGUAUGUAUGGCUAGAGACAGCAUGUAUGGCUAGAGUCAGCAUGUAUGGCUAGAGACAGCAUGUAUGGCUAGAGACAGCAUGUAUGGCUAGAGACAGCAUGUAUGGCUAGAGACAGCAUGUAUGGCUAGAGACAGCAUGUAUGGCUAGAGUCAGCAUGUAUGGCUAGAGUCAGCAUGUAUGGCUAGAGACAGCAUGUAUGGCUAGAGACAACCCUGCUGGGGUGGUUCAGUGUGACUGAGAGUGCGUUAUAUAGCUGCUGGUGACAGUGAAAUGGCCCUGCUGGGGUGGUUCAGUGUGACUGAGAGUGCGUUAUAUAGCUGCUGGUGACAGUGAAACAGCCCUGCUGGGGUGGUUCAGUGUGACUGAGAGUGCGUUAUAUAGCUGCUGGUGACAGUGAAACGGCCCUGCUGGGGUGGUUCAGUGUGACUGAGAGUGCGUUAUAUAGCUGCUGGUGACAGUGAAACGGCCCUGCUGGGGUGGUUCAGUGUGACUGAGAGUGCGUUAUAUAGCUGCUGGUGACAGUGAAACGGCCCUGCUGGGGUGGUUCAGUGUGACUGAGAGUGCGUUAUAUAGCUGCUGGUGACAGUGAAACGGCCCUGCUGGGGUGGUUCAGUGUGACUGAGAGUGCGUUAUAUAGCUGCUGGUGACAGUGAAACGGCCCUGCUGGGGUGGUUCAGUGUGACUGAGAGUGCGUUAUAUAGCUGCUGGGCUGCUGGCCAGAGGUUCUUAGAGAAGAAACCCACCAGAAAGUCCAACAGCUGAAAGCAGCGUGUAGCUACAGUCUGCUAGCCAUCACCUGCUGGGUAUUUACGAACGGCGGCGAUUGAACAUAUAGAACCACCUAGAAAUGAAUAGACAUCGAUGGCUGAUAUUCUGGUCAGAGGUCAUAGGACAGCCACCUGCUGCUGUUAAAUACACGGUCAGCUCUGGUGUUUCCUCUCUUAGAGAACUGAGGUAGUCUCAUUAACGUCCAUGUGAGCUGGACCCAUCAGCUGCAGCUCAAUCAGACUAACUAAUUAAUAAUAUAAUAAUAUAUGCUAUUUAGCAGACGAUUUUAUCCAAAGCGACUUACAGUCAUGCAUGCAUAACUUCUUUACGCAUGGUUGGUCCAGGGAAUCGAACCAGCUAUCCUGGCGUUGCAAGCGCCAUGCUCUACCAGCUAAGCAUCUGAGGACAACCACAAGUAACUAACGACCUGCUUCUCUCUAGCUGUUGCUGUCUCACAGGAGAUUCACAUUGCUCACUACUUUACCUGUCACUACUUUUGUAGUUCACUUUGUCAUGGAGAAUGACUGUGAUGUUGUUUCUCAGGUCAAGAGUGACUACAUGUUGUCAUGGAGAAUGACUGUAAUUAUGUUUCUCAGGUCAAGAGUGACUACAUGUUGGAGGUAGCAGAUCAAGUUGACCAAGACAUUGCACUUAAAUUGGGCUGCCUUGAAAUCAGGUGAGUUCUAUUUCGAAUACUUGAGUUUUUGGUGGCUAUUGAUAUGUUAUAAACAGUGAAUUCAUGUACACAUCCAAUAUUCCAUAAUCUGAUCUCAAGAUGUAAGAUAUAUAUAUAUCCUACUCACAAUUUCUUUUCUAUAUUUUGUUUUCUGUUACAGGAGAUUUUUUAGGGAAAUGCGAGGGAAUGCCCUGGAUAAGAAAUCGAAUUAUGAAUUAUUAGAGUAAGUGAUUAUUUUACUUAAAGGCCCAGUGCAGUCAAAAACUAGAUUUUCCUGUGUUUUAUAUACAGUACCAGUCAAAAGGUUGGACACACCUACUCAUUCAAGGGUUUUUCUUUAUUUUUACUAUUUUCUACAUUGUAGAAUAAUAGUGAAAACUUCAGAACAAUUAAAUAACACAUAUGGAAUCAAGUAGUAACCAAAAAAAGUGUUAAAGAAAUCAAAAUAUAUUUUAUAUUUGAGAUUAUUCAAAUAGCCACCCUUUGCCUUGAUGACAACUUUGCACACUCUUGACAUUCUCUCAACCAGCUUCACCUGGAAUGCUUUUCCAACAGGUUUUAAGGAGUUCCCACAUAUGCUUAGCACUUGUUGGUUGCUUUUCCUUCACUCUGCCGUCUGACUCAUCUCAAACCAUCUCAAUUGGGUUGAGGUCGGGGGAUUGUGAAGGCCAGGUCAUCUGAUGCAGCACUCCAUCACUCUCCUUCUUGGUAAAAUAGCCCUUACACAGCCUGGGGAUGGCUGGUUCACCAACUACUUCUCAGAUAGAGUUCAAUGUGUCAAAUCGGAGGGCCUGUUGUCUGGACCUUUGGCAGUCUCUAUGGGGGUGCCACAGGGUUCAAUUCUUGGGCCAACUCUUUUCUCUGUGUAUAUCAAUUAUGUCGCUCUUGCUGCUGGUGAUUCUCAGAUCCACCUCUACGCAGACGACACCAUUUUGUAUACAUCUGGCCCUUCAUUGGACACUGUGUUAACAAACCUCCAAACAAGCUUCAAUGCCAUACAACACUCCUUCCGUAGCCUCCAACUGCUCUUAAACACAUGUAAAACUAAAUGCAUGCUCUUCAAUCGAACGCUGCUGGCACCCGCCCACCCGACUAUAAUCACUACUCUCGACGGGUCUGACCUAGAGUAUGUGGACAACUACAAAUACCUAGGUGUCUGGUUAGACUGUAAAUUCACCUUCCAGACUCACAUUAAGCAUCUCCAAUCCAAAGUUAAAUCCAGAAUCGCCUUCCUAUUUCGCAACAAAGCCUCCUUCACUCAUGCUGCCAAACAUGCCCUCGUAAAACUGACUAUCCUACCGAUCCUUGACUUCGGCGAUGUCAUUUACAAAAUAGCCUCCAACAUUCUACUCAGCAAAUUGGAUGUAGUCUAUCACAGUGCCAUCCGUUUUGUCACCAAAGCCCCAUAUACUACCCACCACUGUGACCUGUACGCUCUUGUUGGCUGGUCAUCACUACAUAUUCGUCGCCAAACCCACUGGCUCCAGGCCAUUAGGAGAAUGGCGCCGGAGAAGAUGGCUGCUGUUUUACAGCCCUCUAAUCAAUUGUACUAUUAUGUGUGUUUUUCCACGUUAUUUGUAAUUUAUUUUGUACAUAAUGUUUCUGCCAUCGUCUCUUAUAACCAAAAAGAGCUUCUGGAUAUCAGGACAGCGAUUACUCACCUCGUAUUGGACGAAGAUUUUUUCUUCAAAGAGGCGGCCGCGAAGGAUAUCCUACAGACACCCGACAAGGCCCAAAUCCCCGUCAUUCGCAUGAGGAAGAGACAGAGAUAUCGUGGACGUAGGUCGGGGUGCCUUGUAAGGAUCCGACGGCGAGCGAGUAAACUGCCUCUCCCAUCAAUCCUAUUAGCCAAUCUUCAAUCAUUUGAGAAUAAAUUGGAUGACCUAAGAUUACAGUUAUCCUACAAACGGGACAUUAAAAACUUUAAUAUCUUAUGUUUCACCGAGUCGUGGCUGAACGACGACAUGGACAACAUACAGCUAGCGGGCUAUAUGCUACAUCGGCAGGAUAGAACGGCUGACUCCGGUAAGACAAGGGGUGGCGGUCUGUGUAUAUUUGUAAACAACAGCUGGUGCACAAAAUCAAAUACUAAGGAAGUCUCAAGGUUUUGCUUGCCUUAGGUAGAGUAUCUUAUGAUAAGCUGUAGACCACACUAUUUACCAAGAUAGUUUUCAUCUAUAUUUUUCAUAGCUGUCUAUUUACCACCACAAACCAAUGCUGGCAUUAAGAUUGCACUGAAUGAGCUGUAUAAGGCCAUCAGUCAACAGGAAAACGCUCAUCCAGAGGCAGCGCUCCUAGUGGCCGGGGACUUUAAUGCAGGGAAACUUAAAUCCGUUCUACCUAAUUUCUACCAGCAUGUUAAAUGUGCAACCAGAGUAAAAAAAAACUCUAGACCACCUUUACUCCAAACACAGAGACGCAUACAAAGCUCUCCCUCGCCCUCCAUUUGGCAAAUCUGACCAUAACUCUAUCCUCCUGAUUCCUGCUUAUAAGCUAAAACUAGACCAGAAACCCUAGACCCACUCCAAUUUGCAUACCGCCCCAACAGAUGAUGCAAUCUCUAUUGCACUCCACACUGCCCUUUCCCACCUGGACAAGAGGAACACCUACGUGAGAAUGCUAUUCAUUGACUACAGCUCAGCAUUCAACUCCAUAGUGCCCUCAAAGCUCAUCACUAAGCUAGGGAUCCUGGGACUAAACACCUCCCUCUGCAACUGGAUCCUGGACUUCCUGACGGGCCGCCACCAGGUGUUAAGGGUAGGUAACAACACAUCUGCCACACUGAUCCUCAACACGGGGGCCCCUCAGGGGUGCGUGCUCAGUCCCCUCCUGUACUCCCUGUUCACCCAUGACUGCAUGGCCAGACACGACUCCAACACCAUCAUUAAGUUUGCCGACGACACAACAGUGGUAGGCCUGAUCACCGACAACGAUGAGACAGCCUAUAGGGAGGAGGUCAGAGACCUGGCCGUGUGGUGCCAGGAUAACAACCUCUCCCUCAACGUGACGAAGACAAAGGAGAUGAUUGUGGACUACAGGAAAAAAAAAGAGGACUGAGCACGCCCCCAUUCUCAUCGACGGGGCUGUAGUGGAACAGGUUGAGAGCUUCAAGUUCCUUGGUGUCCACAUCACCAACGAACUAUCAUGGUCCAAACACACCAAGACAGUCGUGAAGAGGGCACGACAAAGCCUAUUCCCCCUCAGGAGACUGAAAAGAUUUGGCAUGGGUCCUCAUAUCCACAAAAAACUCUACAGCUGCACCAUCGAGAGCAUCCUGACUGGUUGCAUCACCGCCUGGUAUGGCAACUGCUUGGCCUCCGACCGCAAGGCACUACAGAGGGUAGUGCGUACGGCCCAGUACAUCACUGGGGCCAAGCUUCCUGCCAUCCAGGACCUCUAUACCAGGCGGUGUCAGUGGAAGGCCCUCUAAAUUGUUUAUUAAAAAUAAAUGCACUGUUGGUUAAGGGCUGUAAGUAAGCAUUUCUCUGUAAUGUCUGCACCUGUUGUAUUCGGCGCAUGUGGCCAAUAAAAUGUGAUUUGAUUUGAUCUAUAAAUCACUGCUAGGCAAAUCCCCGCCUUAUCUUAGCUCAUUGGUCACCAUAGCAACACCCACCCGUAGUAUAUGCUCCAGCAGGUAUAUCUCACUGGUCAUCCCCAAAGCCAACACCUCCUUUGGCCGCCAUUCCUUCCAGUUCUCUGCUGCCAAUGACUGGAACGAACUGCAAAAAUCGCUGAAGCUGGAGACUCUUAUCUCCCUCACUAACUUUAAGCAUCAGUUGUCAGAGCACCUUACCGAUAAUGAUCACUGCACCUGUACACAGCCCAUCUGAAAUUAGCCCACCCAACUACCUCAUCACCAUAUUGUUAUUUAUUUUGCUCAUUUGCACCGCAGUAUCUCUAUUUGCACAUCAUCUCUUGCACACCUAUCAUUCCGGUGUUAAUACUAAUUGUAAUAUUUUGCACUAUGGCGUAUUUAUUGCCUUACCUCCAUAACUUGCUACAUUUGCACACACUGUAUAUAUAUUUUCUAUUUUCUGUUGUAUUUUUGACUUUAUGUUUUGUUUUACCCCAUAUGUAACUAUGUGUUGUUGUUUUUUAUCGCACUGCUUUGCUUUAUCUUGGCCAGGUCGCAGUUGUAAAUGAGAACCUGUUCUCAACUGGCUUACCUAGUUAAAUAAAGGUGAAAUAAAUAAAAUAAAAAUUGUCCUGUUGAAAAACAAAUGAUAGUCCCACUAAGCCCAAACCAGAUGGGAUGGCAUAUUGCUGCAGAAUGCUGUGGUAGCCAUGCUGGUUAAGUGUGACUUUAAUUCUAAAUAAAUCACAGACAGUGUCACCAGCAAAGUACCCCCACACCAUAUCACCUCCUCCUCCAUGCUUUACAGUGGGAACUACACAUGCGGAGAUAAUCCGUUCACCCACACCACGUCUCACAAAGACACAGUGGUUGGAACCAAAAAUCUCAAAUUUGGACUCUAGACCAAAGGACACAUUUCCACCGGUCUAAUGUCCAUUGCUUGUGUUUCUUGUCCCAAGCAGGUCUCUUCUUCUUAUGAUGUCCUUUAGUAGUGGUUUCUUUGCAGCAAUUUGACCAUGAAGGCCUGAUUCACACAGUCCCCUCUGAACAGUUGAUGUUGAGAUGUGUCUGUGACUUGAACUCUGUGAAGCAUUUAUUUGGGCUGCAGUUUCUGAGGCUGGUAACUCUAAUGAACUUAUCCUCUGCAGCAGAGGUAACUCUGGGUCUUCCAUUCCUGUGGUGUUCCUUAUGAGAGCCAGUUUCAUCAUAGCGCUUGAUGGUUUUUGCGACUGUAUUUUUUUCCGUAUUGACUGACCUUCAUGUGUUAAAGUAAUGAUGGACUGUCGUUUCCCUUUGCUUAUUUGAGCUUUUCUUGGACAUGGUCUUGGUCUUUUACCAAAUAGGGCUAUCUUCUGUAUACCCCCCCCCCCCCCCCCCCACACCUUGUCACAACACAACUGAUUGGCUCAAAUGCGUUAAAAAGGAAAGAAAUUCCACAAAUUAACUUUUAAGAAGGAACAUCUGUUAAUUGAAAUGCAUUCCAGGUGACUACCUCAUGAAGCUGGUUGAGAGAAUGCCAAGAGUGUGCAAAGCUGUCAUCAAGGAAAAUGGUGGCUAUUUGAAGAAUCUCAAAUAUAAAAUAUAUUUUGAUUUGUUUAACAAUAUUUUGGUUACUUCAUGAUUCCAUAUGUGUUAUUUAAUAGUUUUGAUGUCUUCACUAUUAUUCUACAAUGUAAAAAAUAUUAUAAAUAAAGAAAAACCCUUGAAUGAGUAGGUGUGUCCAAACCUUUGACAUCACUAGGCGGUAAAUUAGUUAAUAGACCAAUAAGAAAGAGAGUUCCAAACCUCUGCCAAUAACAGAUCGUUUUCAGCUUUCCCCUUCCCACUCAAACCACUCCCAGACAGUCAACAACAUUCUUGCUUGAGAAAUUGCUCUUUGCUAAGAAGCUAUUUUUGUUUCUUUUUGACCAUUUUAGUUUAAAACAAUUCCAGUACUUAAUUGUUACAUAGAAAUUAUUCUAUAUUGAGAUUUUAAAAAAUGGCUGCAUUGGACCUUUAUAGAUGAUGUAUUUCUGUAUUAACAACAUACACAUCUUAACACUGUCUGUGCACAUAAAUCCUAUAGUUCACCUCUAUGAGCCGUGUGUGUCCUCUCUCCUAACUAGACGUAUGUAGGCCAGUGUAAAUUUACUGUCUUCCUCUUGAACCUCUCACUCUGCCCGCGUUGCAAAUGGCCCCCUAUUCCCUAUAUCUCUGGUCAAAAGUAGUGCACUAUAUAGGAAAUAGGGUGCCAUUUGGGACGUAGUCUCUGUUGAAAUGUGUCUGAUCUAUUUAUAGUGUUAGAGUAAUUUAUCCUCAUUCUCAGUCAUCUCCUACAGCGUCAUUAUAAUGUCCCCAGACCCCAGUGAUGACACUGUGAUACUGUGAACAAAACAGGACACCCACUAUUUUAUAGCCCUUUCAAUUUAAUUCAAAGGGCUUUAUUGGCAUGGGAAACAUGUGUUUACAUUACCAAAGCCUUUCAAACUCUGGGAAGGUGGCUGCCUGAUAACGUCUGUCAGUUCAAUGUGUCAUCAACUCUGCGGAUGAAAAUGGCCAGUUGUGCAACAUCUGUAAUGUCCGUGCUUUCAUCAAUUGCAACCGAAAACGCAAUAAAUUACUUAACUUUUUGCUUCAACUGGCUGUCCAAAUCCACUGAAAGAUCGGAAAUCCUGUCUGCAACUGUGUUUCUUGUCAGGCUGAUAUUUGCAAAAGCCUGGUGCUUUUCAGGGCACACAAUCUCCGCUGCCUUCAACAUGCAUGUUUUUACAAAUUCACCCUCACUAAAUGGUUUUGAAGCCACUGCGAUUUCAUUAGCAAUGAGGUAGCUAGCUUUCACUGCAGCGUCACUGAUGUCUCGGCUGUGAGUAAACACAGACUGCUGUUUCUUCAGACCCGCCAACAGUUCAUUCACCUUCUCUCUUCUCCGCUGUCCUUGAAAGUUGUCAUAUUUGUCGGCAUGAAGACACACAUAGUGGCGACGAAGGUUAUAUUCUUUCAGCACUGCAACAUGCUGUGAACACACCAAACAUACAGCUUUCCCAUUCAAUUCCGUGAAUAAAUAGAAGGAUGACAAUUUUUCUUGGAACACUCUGCACUCUGCGUCCACUUUUCUCUUUUUUGACAGAGACAUAUUGGGGCAAUGAGGGUGCCAAAGUACAUAAUGUUAAAAGUAGAAGCCGUAAUAAAUAUCGCGGGCAAAACAAAGUAGCUCAUCCGGACUGGCUGCACUUGCUUGACCUAUUUGCUCUGCCCCGGUAUAAACAGUUUGCUUGCUUAACACAAUUGCUAUUGCGCCAUCCAGUGGACACAAUUGGAACAGCAGUUUCUUUUAUUGAAAAAUUGCAGCUCAUUUUUAUACUUUACAAAAUCAUCUCGCGGGCCGGAUUAAACCCGUUUGCGGGCCUGAUCCGGCCCGCGGGCCGGACGUUUGACACCCCUGGUGUACAUCAUGGAAUGUUGAGUCAAAUAGAACCUAUUUUUAAAACCUCUUAAAAAGUUGGUUUUGUAGCAUAAACUGGGAAUUUGAUAUUUUUUACUGAUAUUAUGAUUUUCUGUUUGUUUCGUAUCUGCAAAGUAGUUAAAAUGCUGUCAGUUCCACUGAGCAGCUUCACACUGUAACCACCGGUUACCACAGAAUCCUGGCUGUGGCUUAUUCACAACAAAUAGAUGCAAUCUGAAGAUUUACCCUAUCAGCAACAGCGUGUAGGCUAUGGCUACAUCCCAAAUGGCACACUAUUCCCUACAUAGUGCACUACUUUUAACUCACUACUCAAAAGUAAUGCAGUAUAGGGAAUAGUGUGCCAUUUGUUCACAAAGCAAACGAUUUGUUUGUUCUGGACAUAUUUGCGUUAGUAUGUAUUUUCUGACUGACUGUGUGUUGCAGAGCCAGAACAACACCACUCCACCACACUCAGAAAACAGUCAGCCAAACUGCCUGUAUGAAUGGUGAUGCUAUAUAUCUAGGCCAGACUGUGUAUUUGGCCUAUACAGAGAGAGACCGCUGGCUGGCUCUUAACCAAAUGAUAGGGCUAUGGAGGGGUGGUGAGUGUGUUGGGUUGACUACACAGUGACUAGCUAUGGAAAUGGCCUCAGUCCUGUUGCCAUCUACCAGCUGACAGGUGCUCUAUCUGGAGCGAACUGAAAACAGAGUGGUGGUUUAAGAGGGAAUUAUGCUGUUUUAAAGACAAUCUCUUUUUAAAUAAUUCUCCAUUUAUAAAAUGAAUUUUAGAAGUAGUGUUUUCAGAUGCCAGGCUUGAUACCGAGUCAGUGACAAUAAAAAUGGCUAGGAAAAAAACAAUUUAAAUUGAUAUAAAUUAAAAAAUCUCUACUCUGGUUAUAGAUGUUUCAUUCAAUUUCACCUGCUGCUGACCUCGUUUGUUGUAAUGAGCACAUAUUCUUGUUGAUCAAUUCUGUAAUUCAGACCCCUUUCUGCUCUGUCCUCUGCAGAAAAGAUGUGGGUUUACGAAGAUUCUUCCCCAAGAGUUUGCUGGACUCUGUGAAG